AUGGCUACGGAGGUCCCUCCUAAAGAUUCAGAUAGUCUCGGAGGGACGCCUUUCGUUUCCAGCCAUCGAAUACAGCGCGAGGAAUCUGAGAACAGCUAUCAGGGGGCUGACUGCUGGCCUCUGCCGCAGCAUCUUUCUACGAAUGAUCGCCAUCUUGCCAGUUUGGCCCAUGGGGCUUUUAUGUGCACCCGCUGUCUCGCGGUCUUUGCCCCGCGGCCUGCAACGAGGGACGGAGAGGAGGGCUCGGAGUCCGGAGUGAAAAAAGAGAGGAGGAAUGAUUCAACGGCUCCUUCAUGCGCGCAAGCUGACGACGAGACCUCCUCAGCGCGUCUCUCGACUGCCGACCCUAGAGGCGAGUGGGAGCGGGCACACUCUGCGGCGCCCUCUUCUGGUGACUUAGGCCCAAACACGAGCCUGCUUUUCUCUUCUUUCCGCCUUCGAGACGCGGCAGAAAUCCGCAGACUGCUGCCCGUUCAGCUGGAGCCCGCGCAGGGCAAGUCAAGGAGGCGCCGGAGGCCCGCGCCUAGCCAAGAGGAGGAGGUGGAGCCCCUCCCCGCUCUGCCGUCUCGAAAAACGCCGCUGUCCCCAUCCCACCAUGGGCCGGAAAAGACGCUGUUCUUGCUGUCCGCCAGCCAGUUGCGUGCGCUGCUUCGUGGAAAGCAUUUCGGGAAGACUGAGGCGAGCCCAUCAGGCCGAGACGGCCGCGGCGAGUUCGAAGACUCCCGCAAUGUCGCCCUGACACGCGGUCGCGUGAUUCUAUCGGGAAACCAGAGACGAGUGUGGCUCCAACAGAAGAGCCUUGCGUGCCCGGAGGCGUGCUCAGGCGAGGCUGUGCCGGUUCUUUUUUUUGUUCCGCCUGGGUCGCUCGACAGCAGUGCACGGACCGCGCCAGCGCAGGCCUGCGUCGAGGAAGCCGAAGCGGCGCGCUCGCGCGUGUUUCUCGACCUGCACGCGAAGGGAUUCUUCGUGCGCGACGGCCUCGCUUACGGCGGAGACUGGCUCCUGUAUCCCCUGCCUCCCUCUGUCUGCCACGCGACAGCCCUGGUGUUCGUACUGCGGUCGCCGCGGAGAGGGGGCGCUGCCAUCCACUCGCAGGCUGCGGGCGCAAAUACGACGAAAAACGAGGGUGACACCAGCCAGCGCUCGAUGGAGGACUUGGCGCGGCGAUCUGCAUGCGCGUCAACGGGUGAAGGCGGCGCUGCUGUGUCUGGAGGUGUGAGGCAUGGACUCGAAGGCGCGUGUCUGCCGCUGACGCGUAACGGAUGCCAAGGCGUGAUUUCAGACGCCUUCUCUCUCGAUCCGGCCUCGCUCGUGCGCAUGCAACGUCUGGCGGCAACGGCAAAGAAAGCAGCAGUCCUCGCCAUUGUGGAAAUGGGGACCUCCGGGCCCCCGGUGUACGCGCAGCUAGACCGCCUCACUGAACAAGGCUGA